AUCGAUGGGAUGUAUAUAUUAACGUGAUUGUUUUGUUUUAUUUUAAUAUACGUACAAAAAUGGGACAGAAACGUAAGAGUCGUAAUGAAAAAGAUGAUUUUGAAUACGAUCCACAUCCUAAACACCUACAGAUAGCUCAUAUAAAAAAUCAAGAGAAGCGUUUGAUUGUAAUUUUGGAAAAUGCACAGCUGGAGUCUGUCAAAGUUCAAAAUAGCUUUGAACUGUUAAACUGUGAUGAUCAUGCAAACAUCUUAAAGAAAAAUAAUCGUGAACAUGGUACAUGCAGACCAGACAUUACUCAUCAAUGUUUAUUAAUGUUAAUGGAUAGUCCAUUAAACAGGGCUGGACUUCUACAAGUAUAUGUCCAUACUGAAAAAAAUGUAUUGAUAGAAAUAAAUCCUCAAACUAGAAUUCCCAGAACAUUUAAACGUUUUGCAGGUCUUAUGGUGCAAUUGUUACAUAAAUACAGUGUCCGUGCAUCUGAUGGACCAAUGAAACUGCUAAAAGUAAUUAAAAAUCCAGUCACAAAUCAUUUACCUGUUGGAUGUCGUAAAAUAGCAAUGUCAUUUAAUGGAAAUAAAGUACAGAAUCCACGAGAAUUAGUUCCUUCUGAGGAACCAGUUGCUAUUGUAAUAGGUGCAAUGGCACAUGGACAAGUAAAACCAGAUUAUACCGAAGAUACUAUAUCUAUUAGUAAUUAUCCACUAUCUGGAGCUCUAACAUGUAGUAAAUUGUGUAGCGCGUUUGAAGAAGUUUGGGGAAUAAAUUAAAUAACAAAUUGACUGCGUGUAUUGUUUACAUGUUUUUCUGUUUAAUUUUUAUAUAGGAAAUUACUUUGUUAAAUGUACGACAAGAAAG